UCAAACCAUUCGUCCCUUUUCCAUCACAGUCAACCAAUCUCAUCUAUCUCUUUCUCAAACUCCCUCUUCAGUCUCCAACAAGCAUGGAGAUCUCUUGGGAGCAGAGCGUUACCUAUUCUAUCAACACUAUUUACCUUCUUUUCUCUGCUUAUUUAGUUUUUGUUAUGCAGCUUGGCUUUGCCAUGCUUUGCGCUGGCUCAGUCGGGGCCAAGAAUGCCAUGAAUAUUAUGCUCACAAAUGUUGUAGAUGCAGUUGUUGGUAGUAUCUCUUACUAUCUCUUCGGCUUUGCCUUUGCAUUUGGUGAUAGCUCUAACCCUUUUAUUGGCACAAACUUCUUUGCUUUGAAGGAUAUUCCUAAUAGUUCAUAUGACUACUCUUUCUUUCUUUACCAAUGGGCUUUUGCUAUUGCAGUUGCUGGAAUUACUAGUGGUUCAAUAGCUGAGAGAACCCAGUUCAGUGCUUACCUGGUUUUCUCUUUUUUCCUCAGUGGGUUCGUUUAUCCUAUCGUGGUUCAUUGGGUUUGGUCAUCUGGCGGUUGGCUCAGUGCCAGUUCAAGCAACCCGCUGUUUGCUUCUGGUGCUAUUGAUUUUGCAGGGAGUGGGGUGGUGCAUCUGGUCGGUGCUGUUGCUGGGCUUUGGGGUUCUUUCAUAGAAGGGCCAAGAGUUGGCCGGUUCGAUGCAUUUGGCAAGCCGAUGCCCAUGCGUGGGCAUAAUGCAACUCUGGUUGUUCUUGGGACAUUUCUGUUGUGGUUUGGAUGGUUUGGGUUCAAUCCAGGCUCAUUUGAUAAGAUUCUUGUGGCCUACCCUAGUACAACCGAUCAAGGUAAUUGGACGGCGAUUGGAAGGACGGCAGUCACGACCACGUUGGCCGGAUCAACAGCCGGAAUAGUAACGCUGUUCGGCCGAAGGUUACUAGUGGGCCAUUGGGAUGCACUAGAUGUCUGUAAUGGACUGCUAGGUGGGUUCGUAGCGAUCACAUCAGGCUGCUCAGUGGUUGAGCCGUGGGCCGCUAUCGUUUGUGGGUUUUUCGCAGCUUGGGUCUUGAUCGGGCUUAAUUUCCUGGCAGUGCAGCUGAAUUUUGAUGACCCAUUAGAGGCCGCGCAACUGCAUGGGGGAUGUGGUGCUUGGGGUUUGAUUUUCACUGGAUUGUUUGCAAAGGAGGAGUUUGUAAUUCAAGCCUAUGACUCAGGAAAGAGCGGGGUGGUGCGACCCUACGGCCUUUUCAUGGGUGGGGGCUGGGGCUUGCUUGGGUGCCAAGUGAUUGAGGUUUUGGUGAUAGUGAGCUGGGUGACUGUGACAAUGGGGCCUCUUUUCCUUGCCCUUCAUCGGCUAGGAAUCUUGAGAAUUUCUGUAGAAGAGGAAAUUGCAGGACUAGACAUUUCCAGCCAUGGAGGAUAUGCUUAUAAUACUUAUCAGGAAGACAAUCAACCUCGUUUUUAUGCAGAUUAUAUGAGAAUGCAAGAUCAGUCAUAAGCUACCUGCCACUUUCCUGCAUUCUAUUUAUCCAAAAUUUCAUUGGAUUACUACAAAUCCAAAGUGAAAGUUUACCAUCAACUUGAUUUGUUAAGGUGUGUAAACAUAAUAAUAUUUUCCAAAUCAAAGUCAUAGCAGUUUGCUGUUAAAAUUUGGCAGGG